AUGGAGAAGCUUAAGAAGAAGAGAACGGUGUGUAGGGGCUGGGUGACAAGAUCCUCACAAGCUCUCUCAGAGGUGCUAGCUCAGCCCACUCGCACCCUUAGUGAAAUGGAGUACGCCAUUCAAGAGUUUGACAAAAGACUAACCAAGUUAGAUGAAGUACAAGAAAAACUAGAAGGUGAAGUCGAAGCUGAAGAACUGGACCAAGAAUUAGAUGAAGCUCACGCCUUCAGACAAGAAAGUAUGAAACCUAGACUUCUAGCUGAGGACAAGAUAAGAAAGUUAGCAGCAGCAGCACCAGGUGGGUCUCCAGUUCCAAGUAGUGUAAGUGGAUCUCAAGACUUAGAAGCUGUGAAUGUGAAGUUACCCAAAUUGGAGCUGCCAAAGUUCAGCGGUGAAAUCACACAAUGGCAGUCCUUUUGGGACCAGUUCAACUCCCACAUUAAUGCUACUAACCUUCCAGUAAUUAGUAAGUUUACCUAUUUGUUGUCUUUACUGGAGGGGGAUGCCAAGAGUGUGGUCAAGGGGUUGGCACAUACCAGUGAGAAUUAUCAAGUUGCCUGUGACUUACUGAAAGACCACUAUGGGAAGCCAGAAAGAAUUAUUUUUGCACACGUCCAGGCCUUGCUUUGUGGUCAUGUCAACCUUAAUCAAAAUGGAACAAAGAGUGUUGCUCAACUAUGGAAGUUGCGUGAUGAAAUCCUAACACACAUUCGUAGUUUAGAAGCUUUAGGUGUCAGUGGGAAGCAGUGUGAAGUGUUUCUCACCCCUAUUAUCCUGUCUCGUCUACCCAAUGAACUGAGGCUAGAAUGGGCCAGGGAUGGGGAUGGACACGAAAGUGAUUUGGAGUGGCUGUUACAAUUCCUUCACAAAGAAAUAUCAAGAUUGGAAAGAUCUGAAGCCUUUAAGGGUAAGAAAAGCAUUAGUGACGAAAGGAAAGAAAGUAAAGGUUCUAAGGAAAAGGUAUACUCAGCUGCAGCCCUCCAUGCUUCUUCAAAAUAA